AUGAAAGUUGAAAGUUCGAAAGUCACGAAGAGACGUCUGUCUCCAGAAGCACCCGAGCUGAUACGCCAGCUUGGAAUCGCACGAGCUGCAGGCAACCGCGAACUAACGUCCGAACUUGCAAAACAAUGCAGACAGGCGAUAAAAGAAGGUCUUAAAGAAAGAGGAGCAGUAGUCAUGGUCGAAGCCGAGAAGGCUGCGAAAAGCAUUCGCAGAGCUCACUGA